UAGUGAAUGAGGUAGGCAUUGUGAUGUAGUGUGUUAGGCUGCUAUUGACUUUGACAGUAUGCCAAAAAGAUCACCUGCUUUUGGACUGCAGUUGGUGUUGGUAACUGAAACAACAGUGAAACUGUGGGUGGGGGAACUACUGUAUUAUGUUAAGGAGAGAGACCAGUAGGCUAAAGAAGUCUUCAUUAUAAGUGGGCAUCAAUGAAAUGGCCAGAGAGAAGAAAAGGGAUAAGAAGAUUGGUCAUAUCUACAUGUGAGAGAGAUAAAUGGGAGAAAGAGCCUUUGACAGUGUAAGAAUUCAAAGAAGCUUUUUCACUAUUUGACAAGGAUGGUGAUGGAACUAUAACAACAAAGGAAUUGGGAACUGUAAUGAGAUCUCUUGGGCAGAAUCCCACAGAAGCAGAGUUACAGGACAUGAUUAAUGAAGUAGAUGCUGAUGGAAAUGGCACAAUUGACUUCCCGGAAUUUCUGACAAUGAUGGCAAGAAAAAUGAAAGAUACAGACAGUGAAGAAGAAAUUAGAGAAGCAUUCCGUGUGUUUGAUAAGGAUGGCAACGGCUAUAUUAGUGCAGCAGAGCUUCGCCAUGUGAUGACAAACCUGGGAGAGAAGUUAACAGAUGAGGAGGUUGAUGAAAUGAUCAGGGAAGCAGAUAUUGAUGGUGAUGGUCAAGUAAACUAUGAAGAGUUUGUACAAAUGAUGACAGCAAAGUGAAGACAUUGUACAGAAUGUGUUAAAUUUCUUGUACAAAAUUGUUUAUUUGCCUUUUCUUUGUUUGUAACUUAUCUGUAAAAGGUUUCCCCCUGCUGUCAAAAAAUAUGCAUGUAUAGUAAUUAGGACUUAUUCCUCCAUGUUUUCUUCCCUUAUCUUACUGUCAUUGUCCUGAAACCUUAUUUUAGAAAAAUGAACAAGUAACAUGUUGCAUGUGGCUUACUCUGGAUAUAUCUAAGCCCUUCUGCACAUCUAAACUUAGAUGGAGUUGGUCAAACGAGGGAACAUCUGGGUUAUGCCUUUUUUUUAAGUAGUUUUCUUUAGGAAUUGUCAGCAUGUUGUUGAAGUGUGGAGUUGUAACUCUGCGUGGACUAUGGACAGUCAACAAUAUGUACUUAAAAGUUGCACUAUUGCAAAACGGGUGUAUUAUCCAGGUACUCGUACACUAUUUUUUUGUACUGCUGGUCCUGUACCAGAAACAUUUUCUUUUAUUGUUAACUUGCUUUUUAAACUUUGUUUAGCCACUUAAAGAAAAUCUGCUUAUGGCACAAUUUGCCUCAAAUCCAUUCCAAGUUGUAUAUUUGUUUUCCAAUAAAAAAAUUACAAUUUACCCAA